UUUGUCGAAAAAACAGUAAAUAAUAAAGAAUAAGAAAAAAAUACAAAAGCAACCAAAAAAGAAAGGAAAAAGAGACAAAAAUUCGAAAACAGUGUCAUGGGAUUAAGAUCAUUUGUGUACGCGCUUAAUGAAACAAAAACAUAUUAGCCAACAACGCAACGCGUAAAAAAAAAACAAUAAGUAAAAUGUCUACAGAGGAGUUGCCAGCUGAUUUGGAUAAACUAAAAAUAACAUCAAAACACACGCAUAUUAAAUUGCGUGACAGAAAUCCAUUUUACAGUCUAAAUAACAGUCCCAGCGGUGGGCCUGGCCAAAGUGCAGAUCCUUCUAGAAAUGCGAACACAAAGCAAAUAAUGUUCAGCAGGCGCAUACGAAGAAGAUCAGAAAGCAACAUUGAUGAUUUUCACAACAAGAAACUAGACCCCGAGGUCAGCGCGGACACCUUUGAAACACUAAAUCCUUUGCGCUGCUUGAACGGAGUGCACAAACAACAACUAAAGCGAAACAGUCUAACAGCAUCAAAGCGAAAUUUAUUACGCGAGCCAAUAUUACGAAUAUUAACUGACAAUGCACACACUAAAACUGCAUUUGUUGCUCGCACACGUCGUUCAGAUCCUUUGAAUAUUGAUGAAAAGAGUCGCACAAAUAUUCAUAAAGCUCGAAAUAAUCCAAAUUCUAGAUCCAGUAUAAAUGGUAUUUGCAGCUUUCGUGAUUUAAUAAGCGAAUGCAACAGUUUGCUAGAUGAGUCUAAAUCGAAUACCUGGCAAUCGUCCAAAAACUUCACCAUUUGGCAGAAGGAUACUCCAGAAGCUAUACGGGAAACUCUGUCUGCAAAUGAUGGAGAUGGUCCACCCGUUGAUUGGAAAGAGCGUGAUCGGGAACGGCCCGUCGUAACCUCCGGUGCCACACUAUCAUGCUCCCAGGAGGCAAGCAGCAUAGCGUCAAACCCAAGGAAUUGCGACGAUGUCACCAUUGUGGAGUUGGCUAGCUACUUCGAUACUAUGGUCCACAUUCCCAAGAAGAUGUCAUCUAUGGCUGAGAUGAUGUACAUUUAAGGCUAUGGCACAGCCUAAAUAAAGAAAAGCGAAUAUUUGUUUGUGUGUGCAUUCAUAUUCAUACGCAUAUACCAAUUAUUUCAAUGAGUGUCAUUAGAUAAAAUCU